GUAAAAACGAAAGAGGAAGACCGCAUGCAAAACAAAACAAAGUACAUUCUAAAUGUUACAAAUUAAGAUAAAUUGCGAAAAACAAUAAGCUGCCGAAAAGAAUCUGCAAUUAACAACGCGAAUCACCAAAAACAACACAAUCACAAAUGCUCAGGUGUGCUGUACCGCUGCUGCUGCUAUUCUAUGUGGCCGAAUCGCAACCAGUUACCGUCAAUUGCAACGAGCUGCUGAUGGGGCAAUUUCUGUGCCCAGAUCCUGCAAAGAAUCACAUAGAUCCCAAGACGCAACAGUUGCGAGGCUGUACCAAGGAGAAUCGAGCACGUGUCUGGUGCAUUGCUGCCAAUGAAAUCAAUUGCACGGAAACGGGCAACUCGAGCUUCACACGCGAGAUGCCCUGCAAAUGGACCAAUGGGUACCACCUGGAUACGACGUUAUUGCUCUCGGUGUUCCUCGGCAUGUUCGGUGUGGAUCGUUUCUACUUGGGCUAUCCGGGGAUUGGGCUACUCAAGUUCUGCACGCUGGGAGGCAUGUUCCUGGGCCAGUUGAUUGACAUCAUUCUGAUAGCGUUGCAGGUGGUGGGACCCGCCGAUGGAUCCGCCUAUGUCAUACCUUACUAUGGAGCUGGUAUUAAUAUUGUGAGGAGUGACAACACAACAUUUAGGUAUUGCAAUCAACUUUAUUGCAUGCAACAGUGAAAGAAUCGCAUGCUAGCAAAAACUAUGAUGACAUGCCGAUGGUUAACAAUUAAACAGCGAUCCAGCGAAUUAGUGAUGCUAAAUGGAGACGUUAGGUCAAUGCUAUAUACAUACAUAUGGAAAACAAUAGCUUAUUAUACACAAAGCAACGACUGUUAAACAUGUAGUGUAGGCCUAUUAUAAUUAAUAUUAAUUACUUAGCUAUAGCUAGCCGAUAAGUUCAAAGCAUUGUUGUACAUUUGGUUGAGACUAAGUUAACUAGUGUAUAAAGAACUCCUUGUAUAUACACACA